GUGAACCGGAGGCGUGAGGUGUUUUGGUUUGGAGGCUAACGUUAGCCGAGAAGCUAAAGCACGUCAGAAACUACAACAGCCUGACCCCGGUGUUACUCUCCUCUCCUCGGCAGGAUGAGGGUCGACCAGGCGGUGCCGGCGGACGCGGUGGGCAGGCGGGUGUCCUGUGGCGAUGAGCGGGCCACGGUGCGGUUUGUGGGCCCGGUACCACCCACAGCAGGGCUGUGGCUCGGCGUGGAGUGGGAUAACCCAGAGAGAGGCAAACAUGACGGCAGCCAUGACGGAGUCCAGUACUUUACAUGCAGACACCCCAAAGGAGGCUCAUUGGUCCGUCCAGCAAAGGUGAGCUUCGGAGUGGACUACCUGACCGCUGUGCAACAGGUGUACCAGGUCAACUCACAAGAAGUGCUGACGGAGGGCUCCUCCGAGAGUGUCCAUUGGUUGGCAGUCAAGGAGCGCAGUUUAGAACGUCUUCCAUCAGUGUUGUUGAGUCGUAGUGAUGUGAACGGACCCGGAGCUGAUGGAGAGAUCAAGAAAUCAACACCAAACGUGCAGUGGUUGGACAUGAGUGGGACUCUGCUGUCCGGCUGGGAGGACGUGGCUGCAAUCACCCGGCAGCUGGACCAGCUAGAGGGACUCCAGCUCAGCAACAACAGACUGUGUUUGCCCUCUGACAUCUCUGCUCACUGCCAGGCGUUCUGCAGACUCAGAGUCCUCGCCCUCAACAACUGUGACCUCACCUGGCCGCAGAUCUUGGACUACGCCCGCAUGUGGCCUAAGCUGGAGGAUCUUUGUUUAGAAGAAAACAACAUCACAGAGCUGCAGAGGCCUGAUGGAGUCCUGCAGUCUCUGAAGUGUCUCAAUCUGUCCUCAAACCCUUUAGUCCAGGAGAGUGUGCUGAGUAUAGCUGCUCUGCCCAGGUUGGAGAAGCUGAGCUUGUCCCAGACUGGACUGUCUGACAUUCGAUUUGACGACGCUGCUCCUGGAUCUCAAACAGCCAUGUUCCCAGCACUGACCAACCUCAACCUGGACAACAACAACAUCACUGAGUGGUGUGUGGUGGAUGAGUUGGGGAAGUUGUCCAGUUUGGUACAUUUUUCAUGUCGCCAUAACCGACUGGUGAGCAGUGAUGGAAACUACAAAACAGCCAGUCAGAUGCUCAUCGCCAAACUGGGUGGACUGGUCUCCCUCAACGGCAGUGAGAUCCAGCCUGAGGACAGGAGGGGGGCGGAGCUUGACUAUAUCAAGAUGUUUGGAGAGGAGUGGCUGAAGGCAGGUGGGGGGAGUCAGCCCAGCAGCGAGUUCAACCGUCAGCACCCUCGUUACCUGAGCCUCAUUGACAAGUACGGAGCUCCAGAGGAAGGCGAGCUGAAGAAGCCAGAGCCGUUUGCACUGAAGAAUCAGCUAUUAAAGAUCACAUUUGUGUUUCCUGAUGACCCAGAGCGGAAGCCAAUUGAGAAGAAACUUCCAGCCUCCAUGGUGGUUCAGAAGGUGAAGGGACUCCUGUACAGACUGCUGAAGGUUCCUGCUGCAGAUCUGAAGCUCACCUACACCAGCCUCAAGAUGGUUGGGACAGAGUUUGAGAUCGACAGUGACCUGAAGACGAUACAGUUUUACUCCAUAGAGGACGGAGACCAGGUGUUGGUCCGCUGGUCCUGAUCUGGACCGAGGAGGGGAAGAGCCGCCCAGCAGAGACAGAACAGAGGCCUCCAGGACUGAACCUGGAGUUGCAGAGAGGAGACAAACAGUGAGAAGUGGAUUUAAGACUGGAUCUGUUGAGGAAAAAUCAGCCUUCAGGAUGAUGCAUGUCACUGAAAUCUACAGCUGCACCAACAGAGUCAAGCAUUUAAGUUAAGUUUGUUGAAAUAACAACAAACACGAGGUUUGAAUUGGUCUGAAUUUAUUCUGUUAAAGGUCCAGUGUGUCAGAUUUGGGGGGCUCUAUGCGAUAAUAAUAUGAUACUCAUAACUAUGUUUUUUCUUUAUAAUCACCUAAGAAUAAGAAUAGUUAUGUUUGUUUUACCUUGGAAUGAGCCCUUUAUAUCUACGGACACUGUAGGUCCUCUUCCACUGAGUCUACCGUGUUGAACUUCCAUGUUUCUACAGCCCAGCCCAGAAAUACCAAACUAAACCCUAGCUUUAGAUAUACCUAUCUAAAUAGGUUUUGUGGCCACUAUAGUCUCUCCUUCAUGCUAGGAAGGUAAGGAUGAAGGUAGGGGGUUGCAAUUAGGAACUACACUGCUAGAUACAGCUAAAUCCCACACGCUGGUCAUUUAAAUGUUACAGUUUUAGUCAGUUUAAACUGUAUAAUCUGUGCAAAGUGAAGUGCCUUGUUAGCAUUUCAGUUUAGAUGACAGUUGAUAUGAAAUGUGUGUACAUACAUACAUACAUACAUACAUACAUACAUACAUACAUACAUACAUACAUACAUACAUACAUACAUAAUUUCAAAUGUAGUGCAGUAAAAAAUCAAUCCAAUGUUAAUUUUAAAGUCUCAUUCACUGAAUCAGGCUGAGAUACAGUACCUGAAGCUUGAGUUUGUACUUGGUGGUGCUUAAUGAAGUCUACGAAGCUAAACAUGUAGGGAUGUAAAGUGCGGAAAUGACCUGGGAUGUUGAAAGAAAUCUUAUUAAAAAACUGAAGAAUUCUUAAAGGAGUUGUUUGUUCUUCACAAGACAGGAAAUAAAACUUAAAACAGGUGUAGCUGACACUGCUGCUGGUUUAGAUAACACAUCGGUAAAACUGAUAAUUGUUAAGAGUUCAAGAGACAGAUGAGUAGUUUGUCUCUGAUGUGUGAUCCACAUUCAACAUCUGAAUAUUCACAACUUAGAAAGAGAAAUUUGAAUAAUUCAUCAAAUCAUCGGUUGCAGAUUUGACCUCAGUCAUUCGUCUAUUGAGAAUACUUUAACCACCGGAGGGCAGCAAGAGCUGAAAAUGCUGCUCAGCAAAGGACUAGUAUACUUCAUUAUUACAUUGUUAAUUAUGUAUAAAUAUUGUUAAAUAUGUAAAUAAAUCACCAUGAACACA